AUGAAAAUGUCGAGACGUGGACUUUUCGAACGAACCAAAUUUAUUAUGAUGUUGGCUGGUAUAUGGAAAUUAGAGGGUACUAAUUUAUCGACGUUCGCCAUAAAAUUGUACGAGAUUUAUUCAAUCGGUAUCCAGGCGAGGUAUAUUAUUACCCCUUUUUUGUUAAUAAUUAACGUUCCUACUUUAAUUCGUAAGGACCUAAACGCAGCUAUGGAUACCAUUUCCAAGAUAAUAUUCUCUUCAAUUGUGGCGAUUAAAGCCAGAAUAUGCCAAGAAAAGAAGAUCGUAAAUUUGAUCUCCGAGGCGUUAAAAGAAGAUGAAUGCAUUUGUGUUUACAAGAAAUCAGUAAGGUUAAAGAUCUACGAACAGCACAUGAGUUUAUGUAGCAAAUUGACUUUGUUCCUUAUGGUAUCUGUUAGUACAGCUGGCGGAUAUUUGUUAAUAUCAGGAUACGUAGCUAUUUUCGACUUCUACUACUCACCCAAUCAUUUAAACAGUACGAUGGAAAGGCCAGUAAUGCUUCAUUUUUGGUAUCCAUUUGACAUAAACCACCACUGCCUCUGGACAAUAGCAGAUGAAACUAUGGCUAUACUGUACACAGUAAUAUGCAGUUCGGCAGUGAAUACGUUUAUAAACUCCACAAUGAUAUUUCUGCGAGCUCAGCUUAUAAUGCUUCAAAAUAAUUUUCGAAAUUUCGAUGACCUAAGUCAAGGAAACAGUCCUGGCUCGAAUCUGAGAAGAUUAUGCAGAAGACAUCAAAAUAUAAUCCAGUACGUUGACAGUUUUAAUGAGUCUUUGAGAUUCGUCAUGUUGCUAGAGUUUAGCGUUGCGUCGGUAAUGCUGGCAGCAUCGCUCUUCCAAAUAUUUGCGGGAAAGGACGUGGUUUUUAGUUGCAUAUACGUUUUAAUGUGUAGCGGACAGAUAAUUGUAUUGGCCUGGAGUUCGGAUGAAAUUUUAACUCAGAGCUUGGAAUUAGGUACUGCUCUAUACGAAAGCAAAUGGUUUGAUCAAACCAAGAGAGUAAUAGCGGUGAUUCAAAUUAUGCUUCUAAGAUGCCAAAAGCCGUUAACUUUAUCGGUUGGUCCAUUUGGUCCACUGACAGUAGAUGUAGCAGCAUCGAGGUUCAAAUUGGCGUACACAUAUACAACGGUUAUGACUGGAACUUUGUCGGAGUAAAUCUUCAUCCGAAAGACAAAGGAUUCUGCUUUAUUUUAUGGCUAGAGCGUCAGUCCAAGAAAUUGAGCAAGUGAAUAAUUGCUGAGCUUGAAAUGUUGAACUACCCUGGUUCUCGUGGAUUUCCAAAACUGCUUAUGUUGUACAAAUUCUGCCACAAAUAAUUGUAUAGGCUUAUUACAUAAUGCAUUUCCACAUUUAAAUUAA